GAAGGUGCAGUAUGUGCGAUGAGCGAAGAUUCGGCGCCCAGCGCGAAGCGCCGCAAGACCAACUUCAGCGACGCACGCUCAGCUUCCACAGGUGCGCUGAACAAAGGCGUGCGUUCUGCAGCGAUAACAGAAUCUGCGCUGCCAGAAGAUCUCCGCCUUGGCUGCUUUGAAAUUCUCGAAGCACCAGCUCCGAAGAAGAAGGAGCGAAGGUCGGAAGCCGCCAAGGAAAAGCCAAAGCCGCCUGCUUCGCCUCAGGAUGCCAUGCCCAAAGUGGCGGCAGAGGAGGUGACGCAAGAAGCAGGAAGUGCGGCUUCAGCAGCAGCUGCGAAGGCAGCCGCUUCAAAGCAAAGCUCACAGCCGACAGCAGCUGAGUUAGCGGCAAAGGCCGCAGCAGAAGCUACAAAGCUUGCAAAGGAGAAGGAGCAGAACCAGCGCCGCGAGCGCGAGUACUUCAAGCCCUACAUAG